GAUGGACGUGAUGGAAAUGUGAGAAUGUCGUCUAACAUAUCAGCUAAUAGUAACCUUAGCAUCGGUGUUACCUCUUACAGAUUACGCCAGGACAGUGACAAUGGUGAAGAAGAGCUCAACAAGAUACACUGGGAAGGCGGUGUGGUUAUCAGUUUGGGAAUACUGGGCGCUGUUGGGAAUUUCAUCUGCGUCAUUGUACUGAUUUGUAUAACCAAGUGUAGAACCGUCUCCCUGGCGAUAUUCGGCCACCAUUGCUUCCUAGACUUUUUGAAAUCUUUGUACUGUUUUCCGUACGGAUGGAACACCAUUUUCGAUCAGAGUGUUCCAUUUUGUAGAUUAGUCGGGUCGUCUUAUGUUCUCAUUACAACAACGUCUGCGUAUAACCUUCUCGCUUUAGUCGUCAACGAGGAAUAUGCUGCAUUUUCAACCAAUCAGGAGGCCGGAGAUUUGAGCUGCGUCAUAUUUGGAGUCGUAUUCGUGUGGUUUACUAGUUUCCUUUUGAAUUUAGGAGUUUCUCUAAUACCUGCCAAUACCUACUACAUCGAUGAUGUUCAUGCGUGCAUGUUUGUGUACGGGAAGCCGGAGAGUUAUGUGUUGCAUAUUUUAUGGAUUGGACUAGUGACUUGUGCGAUCGUGUUAUCUUUCAAAAUAUUCUAUUGUUCCUACAGAAGAAUAUCAUUUCUGGCAAAGCGAUCAAAAUGGGACGCUUUGCAUAAAUCGCUGAGUCAAGACAUUCAUUUCCAUUCGGCUCUUGAUCAAAUCACCGAUAACCAAGCUCAUUAUCAAUUUCAUUCCAGGCGAAUUCUCGUCUAUAUUUCCUUGGUUACCUCCUUCGCGUUGUUUUGGUACCCACUUUUCUUGCUUACGAUUGUCGAUUACCAGUUCUCUGAACCCAAGGUUUUGUAUAAGGCUUUGACCGUGUUUGCCUGGAGUCAUCCUCUUCUAACCCCUGUCUUCUGCUUUCUAGUUGUUCGAGACCUCCGAAAUCGGGAAAGAUUGAUUCGCGAUUUAUCUUCCAAUCAUUUUCAUCUGAAAGCGAGGAUGUCUCGUUUGAGACGUUAUAAAAUCACCGAGGAAGAAUCGAUUCGUGAUUUCACAGUUGAAAACGAUCAUUUCAACGACCUAAUCAAUAGCAGCAAUGAAAUGGACGGAACGCCCUCAAACCUCGCAGAAUCUCGACCUUUAUGUUCGCAAAACUCGUCAGUCACAGAUGCCGUUGGUCGAGAGAGGCGGAUUCUGACAGUUUGAUUAAUCCUGUGUAAUAUCUUUGGCGCUUCAAACAAUUCUGUACAUAAUAAAAAUAUUUUAACUUGUUCUACGUUUGAAGCAGAAUCAUCGAAAUAUCAAGACGAGAUAAGGGGUUAAAAUGUGACAAAUGGUUAGAUAUAGGAGAAAUAGCCGGUAGUCAUAUCAUUAGCUGAUUAAUCAUAUUAUUCCGACAUAAUAUGUAUAUCCGCUCACGAGCGAUAGGUGAUGUAUUCAUUGAAUCCUUUCUAUAUGUUAGGUAAAAUUGUGGGCUAAGAUUGUAGGCAUCCCUUCAGAGCUCAGUACUAACAACUGGUCUUUAUUUAAUGUUGCUUUAUGUAUAUCUGUGUUCAUCCAAAAAUAGACAGUUAAUUAAUUUUUUAUCCAACUAACAUCUUUUGAUCAGCCUUUGAUCAUGUUCAAUAAAACAUCUGAACACCUAAACUACACUUAAUGAAAUGGGAUGCAUUACUGUGCGUACUGUGAUUGUAAAAAAAAAUCGAUACGUCCCUUGUUGUAUCAUCGGGCGUUAAUUUAAUUACAGGAUAGGAUCCCAUGAUCGAGUGUACUUAACGCAGUUUUCUUGAAAAUAUAUUUUCUAUUACUAGUAUUGGGAUUUUAAUCUCUUCGCUUCAUUUACAAAACUUAGUGUUCAUCUCUGUUACGAUCUUUUUGUGUUUUAAAAUUUGCCUUCACUCAAUGCGAAACUUUAAUUAACCAGACGCUGGUCAUGCGUAGAUCCAGAAAAAAAAAUUCCCGGGACAGGGGGAGGGGGGUUCGAGGGACACUAAAGUUUGCCGGGGGGAGAAGGGUCCGAGGCUUAUUUUUGGUAAUUUUACUAUGAAAAUUUAAAGAAAUUUAAAUUUUCCAAUUGCCCCCUUCUACAUGGAUCUGCGCCUGCUGGCAAUAAACUUCUUUUAUGUUGAAAAGUAUCACUGUUAUUCAUGAAUUUAUGUGUUCAUUAUUGCUAUAAACUAAUUUAUCGCAGGAGGGUGUUUCAUAUAGACAAAAUACGAUAUCAGGUUUUUUUAUUACACAAAAAAAACGUGUUCAAUUGUCACUACAUCAUUCAUGAACUUUUAUGUAAGCUAAUAGAUAUUCAUGUCCCUUUUCAUAUGACAUAGUUGAUGCAUGCGAGCACAACCUGUGCUUAAAUCAAUACGAUUAAUUGUGUCUAUAUCGUCAACUCGUGUGGUUUUAAUUAAGUAUAGUUCUGUAAUAAAGCAGCAACUUUUCCGCUAUGUUACAAAACUGGUGUCUUGUUGCUGCUUUUGACUGAGAGUCCGCACAUACAUACCAAUUAUGAAUAAAAAAAAACAAAUUUUAUAACGAUUGCGUAUUUGAACUGCAUGGCCUGCCACUGCCAUUGUCAUUCUGUAAG